UGUCUAACGGGACUGUGUAGGAUGGAUACAUAGCAGCUGUAGCUAACACAUACUCACACGUUUGAUUACAAUAUAAAUAAACAAGAUGCAGUUCAUGCUGCUGUUUAGCCGCCAGGGCAAGCUGCGCCUGCAGAAAUGGUAUGUGCCACUGUCCGACACACAAAAGAAAAAGAUUUCUCGUGAGGUCAUCCAGAUGGUGUUGGCUCGCAAACCCAAGAUGUGCAGCUUUCUGGAGUGGAGGGAUUUAAAAAUUGUGUACAAGAGAUAUGCCAGCCUGUACUUUUGCUGUGCUGUGGAAGACCAGGAAAAUGAACUAAUAACCCUUGAAGUCAUUCACAGAUAUGUUGAGCUGCUGGACAAGUACUUCGGGAGUGUGUGUGAGCUGGACAUCAUCUUUAACUUUGAGAAGGCCUACUACAUCUUGGAUGAGUUUAUAUUGGGUGGGGAAGCACAGGAGACUUCCAAGAAGAUUGUGCUGAAGGCCAUUGAACAGGCCGAUAUGUUACAAGAGGAGGCAGAAGCACCACGCAGUGUACUGGAGGAGAUUGGACUCACAUAAGAUGGAAGCCCUGCACCCCAAUCCUCCCAUCCCCAUUUACUCAACCCAAACAAGAAACACUUUCCUCAUUUCUCAUAUGCAGGUACAAUAGUAUAAAAAAAAUUGAUGUUUAGCGUGUUAUUAUUGUCGCACAAAAUAUUUGCAUCUGGUGUAAAAAUAUGCAAAGGAAGUAACUGGUAUAAAAACAUUCCGGAGUCAUCUUUACUAAACUCUAUACGUUUAAGAGCAGUUAUGUGUAUGACACUAAGUAUCACAGUUAUCUGUUGUUUCAAAGUAGCAAAUCUCUUUAUUACCUCACUUUGUGCCCUUCACUGCCUUAAGACAUGAUUUAUGAAUUGGUUUAGACAACAUCUUAUACAACUUUGUAACUGGAAUUGAAUUCAUGCAUCAGUAGUUCAAAAAUUAAACCACAAGUAUUUGGAAUCAUAUAUGCUAAUGCUGUUUAGAAAAUGGGUUAGUACUGACUGUAUUAUCAUGUGAACUGAUUCAGUAUUAGAAAAGCAUUACCAAUAACUGUAAAUGUGUAGCACCUACCGUGAGCAUUAUGCAUCGUAUUAUCAGGAAGGUAUGUCUUAAUCAUUUUUUUCCCUUCCUUUAGUAGCUGGGUAUUGUAAAUUAUGUGUACAGUCAUUCCGAAAUCUUACCUGGCUGUUGCCUGGCUGUUACCACUGACAUAAUAAUUUAAUUAAAUGCCUUCCAGGUUUUCUUUGUAUUUUAGUACCAAAGAACGUCUUUCUUUUCAAUUCCUUUUGUAUAAUUUUCAAGUUACACUGUGAUUCACUGCCUAGUCUACGACAAAUACUGAGGUUCUUCAAAAUAAAAGAAAUAUGGAUUAAAACUUA